AUGGCAAGGCAGGUUCUCGCAAGGGCAUCCGCUGCCUCUGCCACACACGCAAAACCCACCCAGCCCGCCUCGAACCCGCGGAAACGCAGGCAGUCUUCCCCGUCCACUUCGACCGCUCUCGCUUCCUCGCGCGCUCCGGCAGCUUCGACGUCCCUUGGCACACUCGCGUUCGACGAUGAGGGCGCAGACGACGCGGCGGAUGCGGAUGUCCUUGCCUCGAGCGACGACGACGAGCACGACGCCUUCCCUGAACUUGACCUCGACGGAUCUGCCGAGGAGGAUGCAGACGAGGAGGACUCGUUCGAUGGGUCCGUGCACUCGGACGACGAGGAGGACGAGAUGGACGACGAGGAGUUGCUGAGGCUCGAACUCGAGGCGGAGCAGAACGAGAUCCUCUCUGCCUUGUCCGAUGCCGGCGACGACGACGACCCGUCCGACUUGGACGAGCUCAUUCGUCGGAACACUUCGAAGCCAGACGAGGACGAGCCCGAGCCUUCGGCGAUCCCGGGGCAGAACAAGGCGAUUGGGGAAGGGAGGAACGGCGCGGCAGAGUCCGACUUGCCGCCGGACUACAUGCGCAGGAGUCGUACAGUCAGGAGCAAGCUCACGGGCAAGGAGAAGAAGGUGUGGGAUGACGAGAUCGAGCCCGAGUAUGCCAGCGACUCGAGUACCGAGGAGACGACCAACCGAGUCGGUAACAUCCCGCAAUACUGGUACGACGACCUCCCGCACAUCGGCUACGACAUCGACGGCAAGAAGGUCAUGCGUCCAGCGACAGGCGACGAGCUCGACCGAUUCCUCGAUGGCGUCGAGGACGAGAUGGGCGGUUGGGCGAGCGUCGUCAACAAGAAUGAACAGGAGGUCAAGACGCUUACGGAGGACGAGUUGAACCUGAUUCAGCGGUUGGCCAGGGCGGAGAAUCCGGAUGAGAGCUAUGAUCCCUACGCCCCGACGAUCCCGUACUUCACGUCGCAGGUGAUGGACAUGCCGCUCUCUCACCGCCCCGAGCCCAAGUCGCGCUUCCUGCCGUCCAAGUGGGAGCACAAGAAGGUGAUGAAGAUCGUGCGCGCGAUCCGCUCCGGGCGCAUCACGCCUCGCCGACCUGGCGCGCCCAAGCCGCCCGAGAAACCGCGCUUCUACGCCCUCUGGUCCGCCGACGACGACACGCCUACGGCCCCUCACCCAAUGCACAUGCCGGCGCCGAAACUCGCCCCUCCGACGCACGGCGAGUCGUACAACCCGCCCGAGGAGUACUUGUGGACCAAGGCGGAGGAGGAAGAGUUUGAUGCGCUCGAGAAGGAGGACAAGAAGGGCAAGGUUGUGCCGCGCAAGUACGGCUCCUUGCGCCUCGUACCCGCGUAUCAGAACUUUGUCCAGGAGCGAUUCGAACGCUGCCUCGAUCUCUACCUCGCCCCGCGAGCUCUGCGCCGCAAGCCCCGACUCGACAUCAAGGACCCGACAGACCUCAUCCCCCGCCUCCCUUCGCCGCAGGAACUCCGCCCCUUCCCGACGACCAAGAGUGUCGCGUACGUGCACCCGAACGGCGUACGCGUCCGGUGCGUCUCGGUUGACCCGACGGGCAUGUGGGUCGUCACUGGCGCCGAGGACGGAGAGGUGCGACUGUGGGAGUGCGCGGUCGGACGGUGCGCGAUGAAGUGGAAGGUGGGGUCCGAGAAGGAGCCUGUCUACAGCGUCGAGUGGUGUCCAGACCGCGAGAAGUGCUUCUUCGUUGCCGCGACCGCCAACAAGAUCCACCUCAUCUCCCCCUUGCCCCUCAUCUCCGACUCUCUCGCCGCCCGCUCCGCCGCCUUUGCCCUCUCCGCAUUCAACGCCGCCUCGACCGACGACGACGGCAACAAGAUCCGCCCGCCUACUCAGCCCGACGGCGUCGCGUGGCGCAAGCCGCGGGACAUCAGCGAGCGCGAGGAGGGACGACUCGUCGAGGUCGAGGUGCCCGGACACGAGAUCAAGCAGGUUACGUGGCACAAGCGCGGAGACUACUUUGCGACCGUGUCGAGCCCUGCCGGCGCACGGAGCGUCCUCAUCCACCAGCUGUCGAAGCACCACACGCAGGCGCCGUUCGCCAAGCUCAAGGGCGACGUCCAGCGCGUGCAGUUUCACCCUUCGCGGCCGCACUUUUACGUCGCGACGCAGCGACACGUGCGGAUCUACGACCUGAUGAAGCAGCAGCUCGUCAAGACGCUCAACCCGGGCUUGAAGUGGAUCUCGAGCCUCGACAUCCACCCGCUCGGAGACAACGUCCUCGUCGGCUCGUACGACCGCCGCCUCGUCUGGCACGACCUCGACCUGUCGACGACGCCGUACAAGACGCUCAAGUACCACGCGCGCGCCCUGCGAUCCGUCGCGUUCCACCCGUCGUACCCGCUCUUCGCUUCCUCCUCAGACGAUGGCACGAUCCACAUCUUCCACGCGACCGUCUACGCCGACCUCCUCACGAACCCGCUCAUCGUCCCGCUCAAGGUCCUCCGCGGUCACGACAUCAAGGACAGCUUGGGCGUCCUCGACGUCAAGUGGCACCCGAAGGAGCCGUGGGUCGUCAGUGUCGGCGCGGACGGCGUCGGCAGGCUGUGGUGCAACUAG